CCAGUCUUGUGUUGAUUUUCCCGCUUUCGGUACUUUUUGCAAGAGUCUGUUUCUCUCGUACCGAUCUGCUUCGUCGACGGAUUUUAUCCGCUCAAUUUGUGUUUAAACCUCUUGAUUUCGUCCGGAAAAGUAGCCAUCAUGUUUGAGGCCAAGCUCGCGCAGAGUUCCAUCCUGAAAAAGGUCAUCGAGGCCAUCAAAGACCUGAUCUCCGAAGCCUCCUUCGACUGCUCCGACUCGGGCAUCCAACUGCAGGCAAUGGACAAUUCCCACGUCAGUCUCGUCUCCCUCAGUCUAAGAAGCGACGGAUUCGACAAAUACAGAUGUGAUAGAAACCUUGCCAUGGGCAUCAACCUGACCAGCAUGACCAAGAUCCUUAAGUGCGCCGGCAACGACGACGUUCUCAUCAUGAGGGCACAGGACAACGCUGACAUGGUCACCUUUGUCUUCGAGUCUCAGGAUCAGGGCAAGGUUUCCGAGUAUGAGAUGAAAUUGAUGAACUUGGACCAGGAACAUCUUGGAAUUCCCGAAACGGAGUACGCUUGCAAGGUCAGGAUGCCCUCGGCCGAGUUUGCCCGCGUGUGCCGUGACCUGAGCCAGUUUGGCGAGUCCGUCGUCAUUGCGUGCACCAAGGAGGGAGUUAAAUUCUCAUCAUCUGGCACUGUCGGAUCUGCCAAUGUUAAGUUGGCGCAGACUGCCAAUGUUGAUAAGGAGGAGGAAGCUGUCACGAUCGAGAUGCAGGAGCCCGUCUCACUGACCUUUGCUUGCCGUUACCUCAACCACUUCACCAAGGCCACUCCUCUUUCCUCUGUGGUUCAACUGUCUCUGUCUGCCGAUGUUCCUCUUGUUGUCGAAUAUGCUAUUGGAGAAAUUGGUCACGUCCGCUACUACUUGGCACCAAAGAUCGAUGACGAGGAAAACUAACCAUCGACUGCAGGUAUCUACGCUAUUGAUCGAUCUUUCCCCCAUCAUCUUAUUUUAAUUAUUAUGCCUUUCCAUUCGAGCAACUUAAUUUUAAAUGUGUACUCGUACAGUCUUACGUAACAAUAUGAAUAAAUAAAAAAUACGCUUCCACUGUA